GUUAAAAGUUGCCGCUGCGACAGAACUUUGUAAUUUGGUAACAAAAAUGUGGACUUACCAGUUGAUUGGCGCCGUCUGCCUAGGAUUGCUAGCUAUCUGCAGUGCACAAAUCGAUCGCGUUGAUGAUUCCGAUCUGAUUCACCUAUUGACCGGUCAAGGCGACGUGGUCACUUUGUUCACCAAAAACAGAUGCGUGGAAUGCGAGAAAUAUGAAGAAGCUGUUGCGAAGGCCCAGCAUGAGCUUAAGGAAACGCUGGGUGCCACUGUGGUCAAGGCAGAAAACAGUAAUUUAAUUCAUAUUUACGAUCCAAGCCUAGAGCCGGCUUUGUUGUAUUUCAGACGAGGCAUUCCUAUACUCUACUAUGGUGACGUCAACGAGGAGGAAAUAGUCCACUUCUUCAACGAUAACCGCGAGCCGUCUGUUAAGGAACUGUCUGAUGAAACUUUUGAGCACCUGACACAAGCCUCGACUGGCGCCACAACUGGAGACUGGUUCGUGUUCUUCUAUACCGCCGAGUGUGUACUUUGCCAGCGCUUGUAUGCUGUAUGGGAAGCUGUUGGAGGCAGACUUAAGCGCCAAAUGAAUGUAGCACGCAUCAAUGCCCAGGGCGCCGGUGUGACCACAGCAAAACGUUUUAAAAUUAUGGAAUCCCAAGAGCCAGCUUUAAUAUUCCUGCGACAAGGCAAGCUGUAUCGUUAUCAGUCCAAGGAUUACACGCCCAAGGCUUUUAUUGAAUUCGCUGAGAGCGGCUACGCAAAACAAACUCAUCCAGAAGCAGUGCCGCCAUUAGCUGGUAUGAUGGAUGAUAUCUCCCUUGCACGCAUCUCUGAGUAUUUGAGAGGACUCGACACGAUCCCUCUGGCACUUAUGGGUAGCUUAACAUUAGUAUUGCUAUUAUUAAUUGUCAAAAAAUGUUGUAAGGCACCAGAAAAACAGCCAAAAACAAAAAAGAACAAAUAGUUCGUGUAGAAACACGCAACAUUCCAAGAAACAAAUUAUACUUUCUUUAAAUUUAUA